AGAAAGUUGAGAAUCUUUAAGCUGUUUUUGUAAGUUAGGAAUCAACCAAACUUUCCUUAAUCUCAUUAUACAAACACAUUGAAUAAUUCGUUUCAUAUUUGUAAUCAUUGACGAAUUGCUAUAGACAAUCUCGAAAGCUUUUCCGUAUUGCUAAAGCUCAUCACGCAGCUUCUCCGUGAAAUUAUUCUUUGCUUAACCGAAACUUUGUCACCUUUCAUCUAUUUCACUCUUUAGUACAACUUCUUUGUUUCAAACUCAAAUUUCCAGUUACUUCCAAUAGAUAUCCACACAUAGCUGCAACUACUUGUGGCAAAUAAACACUAGAAAAAAAAGAUAUGAAACUGAUAGUCGAGGUCAUUAAUGCGCAUGAUCUUAUGCCAAAAGAUGGCGAAGGAUCAGCGAGUACCUUUGUUGAAGUAGACUUUGAAAACCAGUUGAGUCGAACAAGAACUGUCCCUAAAAAUCUCAACCCUGCUUGGAAUCAAAAACUUGUCUUUCAUUUAGAUACAACCAAACCUUACCAUCACAAAACUAUUGAAGUUUCUGUAUACAACGAGAGGAGACAACCGAUACCUGGCCGAAACUUCCUUGGAAGAGUCAGAAUUCCUUGCUCAAAUAUUGUUAAAGAAGGCGAUGAAGUGUAUCAGAUUUUGCCGCUAGAAAAUAAGUGGUUUUUUUCAUCUGUUAAGGGUGAGAUUGGCCUAAAAGUUUACAUUGCAUCAGAGUCCAAAGCUGAAAAUUUUUUCACUCCCACUUUCACUUCAGAGCUAGAAAAACUCGACCCUUCUAAUCCAAAACAAGCACUCGAAUCCAUAGAUACUAACCUUCCUUCUCUUAAUCAUACUCUCUCAGCCGCAGAAACAUUAGAAGCUGAUCCGGAAGAGGAAGAUCCUGCACUUGACAAACCAAAAGCAACAAGAGAAGAAGCAGAAGUAACAUAUCCUGUUGCUGCAUCCAAUUACUCCAUUGAAGAAGAUCAAUCUAGCGGCAUUGAUAUUGAUCAAGAGCCAAAGAUAGAAGGCAAAAAAGCUUUCCAAUUAGAUAAACAUCAAGCUCACCAGCAACCAAGGAUUUCAAUAAAGAAAAGGCCACAAGAUAAUCUAUUCACAAUGCAUUCAGUCGAUCCUCAUCAAGUUCAACAUAGUCAUGCCGAAAACUAUAAUCACAACAAUGACUCCAACAUGCAGCCGAGGAUUUCAAUCAAGAGACGACCGCGACCACAAGGUACUCCUUCAUCAACAACAUACUCAGUUAAUCCACAAGUCCAACCUAGGUAUGAUGAAAGAUACAAUCUCAAGGGAACCAACCAACAACCAAGGAUUUUAGUAGAGACACCAAGGGAUGUUUCUCCAUCCCCAAGGCACCAUGUAGAUCCGCAAGUCCACACUAGCAAUUUCAAGGGAACCAACCAACAGCCAAGGAUUUUAGUAGAGACACCGCGACAUGUUUCUUCACCUCCAAGGCACCGUGUAGAUCCGCAAGUCCCCACUAGCAAUGAUGAAGACUACGAUCUGAAGGAAACCAAUCCACAAAUUGGUGAGAAGUGGCCUAGCGGUGGAGGUUAUGGUGGAAAUAAAUGGAUGAGUGGUGCUGAGAGAUCCACUAGCACACAUGACCUUGUUGAGCAGAUGUUUUAUCUCUAUGUCCGUGUUGUGAAAGCAAAGGAUCUUCCACCAGGAACCAUCACCUCAAGCUGUGAUCCUUACGUGGAAGUGAAGCUAGGGAACUAUAGAGGAAGAACAAAGCAUUUGGAGAAGAAAUUGAAUCCGGAAUGGAACCAAGUAUUCGCUUUCUCCAAAGACCGGAUUCAAUCUUCGAUUCUCGAAGUCUUUGUGAGAGAUAAGGAAAUGAUUGGAAGAGAUGAUUAUCUAGGAAGGGUGAUCUUUGACCUCAAUGAGAUUCCAACAAGAGUUCCACCAGAUAGUCCAUUGGCUCCUCAAUGGUACAGACUCCAACACUUGCGAGGCGAAGGCAUGGUGAGAGGCGAUAUUAUGCUUGCAGUUUGGAUGGGAACACAAGCUGAUGAAGCUUUCUCAGAUGCUUGGCAUUCUGAUGCUGCCACUGUCUAUGGUGAGGGUGUUUUCAACAUCAGAUCAAAGGUUUAUGUCUCUCCAAAACUAUGGUAUCUACGUGUCAAUGUCAUUGAAGCUCAAGAUGUUAUCCCGAAUGACAGAAAUCGCUUACCGGAGGUUUCUGUGAAAGCUCAAUUAGGAUGCCAAGUACUGAAGACAAAGAUUUGCUCCACCCGAACCACUACUCCGCUUUGGAAUGAAGAUUUGGUUUUUGUUGCAGCUGAACCAUUCGAGGAGCAAUUGACAAUAACGGUGGAGGAUCACGUGCAACCUUCAAAAGAUGAGGUACUAGGGAAGAUAAAUUUACCAUUGAACCUCUUUGAUAAAAGGUUAGACCAUAGACCGGUUAAUUCUCGUUGGUUCAACCUCGAGAAAUUUGGUUUUGGAGUCUUAGAAGGUGAUAGAAGAAAUGAUCUUAAAUUUUCGAGCAGGAUUCACCUUAGAGUUUGUCUUGAAGGUGGAUACCAUGUCUUAGAUGAAUCCACAUUGUACAUAAGUGAUCAAAGACCAACAGCAAGACAGCUAUGGAAGCAGCCAAUUGGAAUACUUGAGAUAGGCGUCUUAGGAGCAAAAGGGCUUCUCCCUAUGAAGAUGAAGGAUGGACAUGGUAGCACAGAUGCAUACUGUGUUGCCAAAUACGGUCAGAAAUGGAUCAGAACUAGAACACUUUUAGACACUUUCAAUCCAAAAUGGAAUGAACAAUACACAUGGGAGGUUUAUGAUCCUUGCACUGUCAUAACAUUAGGUGUUUUUGACAAUUGCCAUUUAGGUGAAAAAGCUCCUAGUGGAAGUUCAAUCAAAGAUUCAAGAAUCGGAAAGGUAAGGAUUAGGCUAUCAACACUUGAAGCGAAUAAAAUUUACACCAAUUCUUUUCCACUACUUGUUUUACACCAACACGGAGUUAAGAAAAUGGGUGAGCUUCAACUUGCAGUGAGGUUCACCGCACUUUCACUAGCUAACAUUUUUCAUAUCUAUGGCCAACCUUUGCUUCCAAAGAUGCAUUAUUUACAACCUUUCACAGUUAAUCAAAUCGAUAACUUAAGGUACCAAGCAAUGAAUAUUGUAGCAACGAGGCUUGGUAGAGCUGAACCACCUCUCAGAAAGGAAGUAGUUGAGUACAUGUUGGAUGUUGAUUCCAGCAUAUGGAGCAUGAGAAGAAGCAAAGCUAAUUUCUUUCGCGUGAUGGCACUUUUCUCCGGUUUGAUCACAAUUGGAAGAUGGUUCAACGACGUUUGUCAUUGGAAGAAUCACAUCACAUCAAUACUAGUCCAUAUCCUCUUUUUGAUACUAACAUGGUAUCCAGAAUUGAUACUCCCAACUUUUUUUCUCUACAUGUUCUUGACUGGCUUAUGGAACUAUCGGUUUCGUCCAAGACAACCGCCUCACAUGGAUACUAAACUCUCAUGGGCUGAAUCCGUUCACCCUGAUGAACUUGAUGAAGAGUUCGACACAUUUCCAACAUCAAGAUCACACGAUACAGUGAGAAUGAGGUAUGAUAGGCUUCGAACUGUUGCAGGCAGGAUUCAAACAAUUGUUGGUGACAUAGCUACACAAGGGGAGAGGUUCAUGUCUCUACUGAGCUGGAGAGACCCCAGAGGAACUACACUCUUUGCGUUGUUUAGUCUUUGUGCAGCUGUGAUUUUCUAUGCAACACCAUUUAGAGUUGUGGUUUUGGUGACCGGUUUGUAUCAUUUGAGACACCCGAAGUUUAGGAACAAACUGCCUUCUGUACCAAGUAAUUUCUUCAAGAGGCUUCCUGCAAGAACAGAUAGUUUACUGUGAAUUUGUUUUACAGAUAAUAAUAUAGUUUCAAGUGACUUGUGUUGUAUACAUAUAGAAACAGUUCGUUGCAAUUUAUUCAUUUCCAGCUUUAAUCUCCUUGUUCA